AUGGAGGAGGAAGAGGAGGACGACUUCACCGCCAUGGUUGAUGAUGACGACGAGCUUGUGCUUGAGUUGGUCUCCAUAGAGGAGGCCGAAGGAUCUCGUCGUAGGAAUAACAGGCCCCCCAAAGAAAUCCGGCCACGAGACCAUGGUUCCGGGGAUACGAGGAUCCGCCUGGACUACUUCUGCGAGAAGCCUGUGUACAAUGAUUUUCAGUUUCGUAGAAGGUUCCGGAUGCGACGACAUGUGGUGGAGCGCCUAGUCGAAGCCGUCACGGCCGUCGACCCAUACUUCAUGUACAAAUACGACGCACUACAUCAGACACCCUUGACGGGUCUUCAGAAGGUCGUUGCAUCCCUACGAAUUCUUGCUUAUGGCUUGCCGUCUGACGCAGUAGAUGAGUAUGUGCGUAUUGGUGAGUCCACAGCUCGUCAAGCUCUACAGCACUUCUGUGCGGCUGUCGUCAAAGUAUUUGGGGAUUACUACGUACGUGCCCCAAAUACAAAUGAUGUUGCUAGGCUACUGCAGAUUGGCGAGGACCGUGGGUUUCCAGGGAUGUUAGGUAGCAUCGAUUGCAUGCAUUGGGAGUGGAAGAACUGCCCAAUUGGAUGGAGAGGGAUGUUUACUGGUCGCAGUAAACAUCCAACCAUGAUCCUAGAGGCAGUUGCUUCUAAGGAUCUUCACAUCUGGCAUGCUUACUUUGGUAUGCCAGGUAGUUGCAACGAUAUUAAUAUGCUUCAUAGGUCUCCUGUGUUCUCAUCGUACGUCCAAGGCCAGGCGACUCCAGUUUCAUUUGCUGUUAACGGGAACACAUAUAAUAUGGGGUACUACCUUGCCGAUGGGAUUUACCCAGAAUGGCCAACUUUUGUUAAGACCGUUCGCCACCCUAUGGAGACAAAGACCAAGCACUUUGCUAAGUGCCAAGAAGGAGCCCGAAAGGACAUUGAACGGGUGUUUGAUGUCCUCCAAACAAGGUGGGGUGUGUUGCGUGGGCCAACGUACGGUUGGGAUCGUGCUAAUCUUAGUGCCAUCAUGCAGGCAUGUAUAAUAAUGCACAACAUGAUUGUCGAAGAUGAAGGGCCAGGUGCACGAAACACAAGCUUCGAUCGAGUAGGACAGCUUGCCGUCCCAUACCGCAACACUCAAGAAAGGAACGAGUUCAUUCAGGCACACCACAGGCUCCGGAACUGGACUGCACACCACCAAGUGCAGUACGAUCUCAUUGAGCACCAGUGGGUAAGGUUGGGAGUCAAUGCAGAGUAG